AUGCGCUUCUUCUGUGCCGCCGUGCUGGCGAUAUUUCUUAUGGGGAUAAUUGAAGCUCUCGCGCCCAUCGAUUCCACCAACUCUGAAUCCAGUUCACGCUCAGUGCCUCGUUUCGUUGUUGGAGCUGCAUCGAGACGCUUGAGGUUCCAAGACGCAGCUACCAUGGAGGAAGAUGGCAGUGACGACAAAGCAGGCGAAGAGAGGACUGGCAGCAUCCCAAGCUUAUAUCGUCAAGUGUCGGGAAGUUGA